AUGGUGGUCCUCGCGAAGCCGGCGGCGCUGGAGCAGAUCGCGCUGCUGAGGACGCCGGAGGCGUGGGAGAGCUUCUCGGGCGUCCCGGCCGUGGACCUGUCCGGCCCCGGCGCCGCGGCGGACGUGGUGCGCGCGUGUGAGCGCUACGGGUUCUUCAGCGUCGUGAACCACGGCGUGCCGGCGGGCAUGGUGGACCGGCUGGAGGCGGAGGCCGUCCGGUUCUUCGCGUCGUCGCAGGCGGACAAGGACGCGUCGGGCCCCGCCGACCCGUUCGGGUACGGGAGCAAGCGCAUCGGGCGCAAUGGCGACAUGGGGUGGGUCGAGUACCUCCUCCUCGCCAUCGAGCGCGACGCGCUCUCCAAGGCCUCCCCGGCGCCGACGUCGGCGCUGAGGGACGCGAUCAACGACUACGUGGGCGCCAUGCGCGGGCUGGCGAGGACGGUGCUGGAGAUGGUGGCGGAGGGGCUGGGCGUGUCGCCGCGGGGCGCGCUGGCGGACAUGGUGACGGGCGACGCGGCGAGCGACCAGGUGUUCCGGGUGAAUCACUACCCGCCGUGCCCGCUGCUGCAGGGGCUCCCGCCCAACUGCAGCGUGACCGGGUUCGGCGAGCACACGGACCCGCAGCUGGUGUCCAUCCUGCACUCCAACGGCACGCCCGGGCUCCAGGUCGCCCUCCACGACGGGCGCUGGGUGUCCGUCCCGCCCAACCGCGACGCCUUCUUCGUCAACGUCGGCGACUCCCUCCAGGUUCUGACGAACGGGAGGCUGAGGAGCGUGCGGCACCGGGUGGUGGCCGGCAACGGGCUCAAGUCGCGCGUGUCGAUGAUCUACUUCGGCGGGCCACCGCUGGCGCAGAGGAUUGCACCGCUGCCGCAGCUGCUGGCGGGGACGCAGAGCUUGCCCCUCUACAGGGACUUCACAUGGGGAGAGUACAAGAAGGCGGCCUACCGCUCUCGCCUCGGCGACAACCGGCUGGCCCCCUUCGAGGCGCCACCUGUCGCCACGCCACACGCCGACCGCCACCGGUCCUAG